GGAUGCUGGCAAGCUCGUGACAACUGGCUGGAUAGCAGCGAGGAAAGUCGUUGCGAGCUAAAUCACAUCGCUGCGAGCCGCAUCGCUGCGAGCCGAACCAGCUGCGGCAAUUUCCGUGCAACAAAUUGGAGAGAUAGCACAGCGAGCUGCCAUGGCUAACAAGCAACAAAAGUCCCUCACCAAAGUAGGACUAGCAGGAGGGAUAGCCGGAUCAAUGGAAAUAGCGGUCACCUACCCGCUCGAGUACGUGAAGACGAACGUGCAAUUGCAGCACGGCGCCGCGGGCACCGGCAGUGGAUACAACGGCGCUAUCCAUUGCUUUCGCCAAACGAUAAAAACAAAUGGCUUGAGGGGCCUCUACAGCGGCUGCGCGCCGUGGUUCGCGUUCGCCGGGCCCCGGUCGGCCGUCCGCUUUGCAGCCUUUGAAUUUUUGUCAAAAGACGCGCCCAGGACGUCGGGCUGGGACUUUUUAUGCGGCUUGGGCGCGGGCGCGUGUGAGGCCGCUCUCUGCCAGACGCCGAACCAGUCGAUACAAAUAAAACUGCUACACGACGCCUCUCCAGCAGUCGUAGAGAAGCGCUACUCGCACCUACCUUUCUUCCGGGCCUGUGCGGCGAUAGGAAGGCACCACGGCAUCUUAUCAUUUUAUGACGGCCUGGCGCCGGCCGUGGCGAAGGGCGCGCUCACGAACUGCGUGCGCUUCGUCGGCUAUAAGGGUAUACUGCGGGCUUCCGGGAGAGAAGAAAAUGCGUCGGCGAUGGAGUCGUUCGGGGCCGGCGCCGUCGCUGGGGCUAUAUCGGCGGUAAUCUCGCAGCCAGUCGACACGGUCAAGGCGAACAUGAUGGGCCUCGAUCGGGGCGUUUACGCGUCGUCGCUGGACUGCGCGCGCGCCAUCGUGAAGGCCGACGGCGUGCGAGCGCUGUGGAACGGCGGCGGGCCGCGCGUCGUGCGCGUCUUCUUCGAGGUGGGCCUGCAAUUCGCGCUGUUCGGGGAGGUGUCGAAGCUCGUCGAUAAGUUGUGGUAACAUGUAUUUC